ACAGCGUAUACAGCUAGCUACGUACAAAUGUACCCACGUUUUCUGAUCUUAGCAAAUGAACUGAUUUUCUGUGGUGAUCGGCCUGUCGGCGAACUCAGAAUACUCUGUAGAAUAGACAGAUAAAGUAUUGUCGAACUUCCAAGUCAAAGUAUACUCGUGUAAAAAUGGCUGACGACGAGGCGAUAUUUGACCCGACCAUGAAGAAGAAAAAGAAAAAGAAGAAGAUGCCAUUUGACCUAGAGGCAGCCUUGGAGGGAGGCGGUGACACACAGGAGAGCACAGAGGCACCCGAAAAGGAGGAGGCACCCAAGAACACAGAGGCAAAUGAGGCAGACAAGAAAACAGAAGAUAUGGACUUCGACUUGGACUUCAGCCUGAAAAAGAAGAAGAAAAAGAAAAAGACCUUUGACAUGGAUGCAAUGGACGAUGCUUUGGCCGAGGUGGGAAAUGCUGUAGAUGGUGAGUCGCAAGAAGCCACAAAAGAGUCAGCCCCAGCGGAAACCAACGACUUUGACGCAGACCUAGACUUUGAUCUCACCAAGAAGAAGAAGAAAAAGAAGAAGCCGAAGCUGGAUGACUUGGGGGCAGACACGUUGGAUGACAGUAACAAGGAGAACGAAGAGAAGACGGAGCUAAAAGAUACAAGUGGUACAGCAUGGGCAGGCACCGAAAGGGACUAUUUGUAUGAUGAGCUCCUCACGAGAGUGUUUGACAUCAUAAGGGCCAAGAACCCUGAUAUGGUGACCGGCGAGAAGAAACGAUUCAUCAUGCGGCCACCCCAGGUCGUCAGGGUGGGAACCAAGAAAACCUCCUUUGUCAAUUUCACAGACAUCUGUAAAAUGCUGCAUCGGCCCACAGAGCACUUACUGGCCUUCCUCCUCGCUGAGAUGGGAGCCAGCGGCUCCAUCGAUGGCAACAACCAGUUGAUCAUCAAGGGACGAUUCCAGCAGAAGCAAGUGGAGAACAUCCUACGCAGAUACAUCAAGGAGUAUGUCACCUGCCAUACGUGUAGAUCGUCAGAUACCUUCCUCCACAAAGAAAACCGUCUCUUCUUCCUCCAGUGCGAGAGGUGCCAGUCGCGUUGCUCAGUAACCAGCAUCAAGUCUGGGUACCAGGCAGUCACAGCCAAGCGUGCCCAGAUCAGAGCCAAAGCAAAUUAAUGGGCGGGGCCACUGAUAGAGGGGAUGGGAAGGUACAUUUUUGGAGCGUCCGUUGAGGGGGGGCUUGGUAAGAAGUACAAAAUGGUCUGACAGAAGAGCAACACAUUUUGAGCUGUUGCUGUGAGCUAUUUUUAUGACCAUUUUUGGACAUUUGCUUAGGAAUAACCAUAAUUGGUCAUUUCUAGCUUCAAUCAUACCCAUUGAAUUUGGCAAUCUAUGUAUUUGUUGUCUGCACAGCUUCUUUAGCUACCACCUAUUUACAUAUCUGUGCUUUUUUUUUUCCUUUCAGUAAAUUAGUAUCUGUAUAAACCACAUGCAGUUCCUGGAACGUGAAGAGAAUUUUUCCCAAAGUUCUAUUCCUAAUAAUCUUUGCUAAUGUGCAAAGCCAUUUGUACUAAUAACAAAUGUUGGGGAGCUCAGUUUAACUGGCUGUCGAUUGUAGCAGUUUGAUAGCACUGCACUCAACACCCAAAGUGUCUGUGAAGUACAUUGUAGAGUGGUCAUACAUGUGUGAACGUCACACAAAGUUGGGUUUUCUCUUAUUUUAGGGAUGUAUAAAGUCCUCCUGCAGCCCUUAAAGCAUUUUUACAGGAUGACAAAACUGUUUAUUGUUAAACCACCAAAGGCUAGUCCCCACUCUUUACAAAUGAUAAAAGUGGGGACCAAUUGCUAAUGGUCAUCACAUUGCAAGAUUUUUGUGGUGACAAUUGGUUAAUGCAUGACAUUAGAACCGGCCUUUAUUACAGAGUGGAUUAGUUAGCAGUGUGUUAGUGAAUGAAUCAAUUAUGAGAUACAGUAA